AUGAGCUCACGCGACACGGUUUACGACGACACCCUAGACGUGGGCUAUGCGGAUGACGUGGGUUUGUCCAGAUCAGUCUCCCUGAAGAAAGCUAGCACGGACAGUGCCAUGACAGAGGAAGCGUCGCAGCUUGACAACUGGGCUGACCGUAACGACAUGCUCCUGAACGGCAAGAAAAGCCAGAUGCUGCUGAUCUGCUUCAGCAGAAACGCUCCAGUACUGCCACCUCUGUCUCUCGGGGGCGAGCUUGUGCCUGUCACCACUGUUGCCAAGGGGCUCGGCUUCAUCUUUGACAACAAACUAUCCUGGCGCGAACAUGUGAAGUCUAUGGUGUCAAAGGCCUCGAGCAGGCUCCACUACCUCCGCCUGCUGACAAAACAGGGCAUGAGUGUGCAAGAUCUUGUCCAGGUGUACCUGAGUCUCAUCCGCCCUGUCCUGGAGUAUGGCCAUGUUCUGUUGGUCGGUUGCAGUGAGGAGCAGGCAGCGAGCAUGGAGAGGGUUCAGAGGCGCGCCCUCCGGAUCAUCUCACGUGGCGGCAGACGUUCUGUACCGACACUGCCGUCCCUGAAGGAGAGGAGAGAGGCCGCUGCUGUGUCUCUUUUCAAGGCCAUGCUGAAUCCUGAACAUCCCCUGCACGACCUGGUUCCUGCCCAGAGACAGUCUGUCACAGGAAGAUCGCUGAGGAACAGUCACAACAUCACUGUUCCCCAUGCAAGAACUAAACGGCUGCAACAGUCCUUCCUGCACUACACCAUCAGACUCUAUAACAACCUGCCUUGA